AUAUACUUUUACGUUGACAUCUUAUACAUAAUUAUACACACAUUUAAAUAUCAAUUCAUAUAGGCAAAUAACCUUCCCUCUUUACUAGGUUCCUCUUUUUUCCCCUAUUUAUUUGUGUCACCUUGACAUAAUAACCCUUUUUAUAAAUCCAAAAAAAACUUAUUGCUUCAUCAAGGUAACUGUUGGAGUUUUAUUUGUUUACAGUGGGUAAAUUAUAUAUUAGUUGUAUAUAUUUAUUUAUUUUUUAAAAAAUAAUUACUUAUUUGACAAAGCGUGGUGUUAAACAGUGCAACAUCCACAUUAUAUCUCUAUAUAAGUACAUGCAUGUGUGAAGAAAAUAUUGAGCAAUAAGGUGAAGAAAAAGCAUAUAUAUAUAUAUUAGCAUUAUUAUUCAAAAUGACAACAUCUUUCCCUAUGAAUGCUGGUGAUGGUCCUUAUAGCUACUUCAAAAACUCCCAUUUGCAGUGUUGAUGAGGGAGCUUACACAUCAACUUAUCGGGAAGAGCUUAAGUAUUAUCUUCGGUCGCAGCCAGAGGAUCGCAGACGACGGAUCAACGCAUUGGAUUGGUGGAGGAAUAAUGAAUUACAAUAUCCUGUGCUUUCAAGAUUAGCUAGAGAUAUCUUGAAUGUUCCAAUGUCAACCGUUGCAUCAGAGAGCGCCUUUAGUCAGGGACGACAACCGACACUCAUUGGGAAGCAAUGCAAUGAAUGUUUUAGUUUGCCUCAGAGAUUGGAUUAGAGCAGAAAAAAGAAAUCAAGGAAUAGAACCGGAGCCGAAGGAUGAGCAGAAACUUGAAGAAAUUAUGACUUCGCGGCAGAACUCAGCAGAGUCAAGUCAAAUGCAUGGGUUUGCCCCUAUUGACUUUGACUAUCCUAUGCAAGUUCAUGUUAAUAUUAACAUGGAUGAGUUGGAAAAAAUGAUGCAUAAUUUGUAGAUUUUUUAUUCAUGUAAAUUAUAAAUUUUGGAUCAUUUUGCAAUCAAUAAAAUUCAACAUUCAUUAAUUAA